CGGAAGUAGCUAGCCAGUUGUGGAAAAGAGGUGCCAGCCGCUGUCCUCGCCCUGCCUCCUCUUGCCUCCUCCUGCCUCCUCAUCUGCCACCGGAGAGAGUCCUCUCAUCCAGAGUCUCGUUCAGGCUUCAGCCGACAGCUGUCCGGUCCACGCGGCGAGGUCCCGGUCCCAGGGGGACAUGUCAAGAGAGGCGCGUUUCACCCACGGAGCUCGUCGUGGCUUUCGCACAGAUUUGUGAGGCGCGUCCCUGUGGAAACGUCCGCCUGCUCGUCCCCGCUAGCCGGCUGGCGAGCUAAUUGGAGGUUGCAGCCACUGUGAGUGAAAUCUGGGACAUCCCAAGUCAACCUAAAAAGGUGUGAAAAGUCGGUGUCAUGACUGGAGCUGAGACUGAGGAUGAUAUUCCAUUAGGCGAGAGGAAGACUGUCACAGAUUUCUGCUAUCUGCUGGACAAGUCCAAACAACUCUUCAAUGGACUCCGAGACCUGCCUCAGUAUGGACACAAGCAGUGGCAGUCCUACUUUGGACGCACUUUUGACGUCUACACCAAGCUUUGGAAAUUCCAGCAGCAGCACAGGCAGGUCCUGGACAGUCGCUAUGGCUUGAGGAGAUGGCAGAUUGGGGAAGUUGCAUCCAAAAUUGGACAGCUUUACUACCACUACUACCUUCGGACCUCAGAAACAAGUUACCUGAAUGAGGCCUUUUCCUUCUACUCAGCCAUCCGUCAGCGCUCCUACUACUUUCAGGUCAACAAAGAGGACAGGCCAGAAUUAGUGGUGAAGAAGCUUCGUUAUUACGCUCGCUACAUAGUCGUCUGUUUACUGCUGAACAAGAUGGACCUAGUGAAAGUUUUGGUGAAGGAGUUAUCUGAGGAAAUCGAAGAUUACACACAGCGAUUCAACACAGAGGACCAACUGGAAUGGAACCUGGUUCUCCAGGAAGUGGCAGCUUUUGUAGAGGCAGAUCCCGUGGUGGUUCUGAAUGACAACAAUUCUGUUGUUGUCACCAGCAAUCGUCUGCAGGAGGGAAGCGUGCCUCCACUAGAACAAGGCAUGGUGGUUGGGCAGCUCGUCCUUGCAGAUGCACUAAUCAUCGGCAACUGUAACAACCAGGUGAAGUUCAGUGAGUUAACCAUCGAUAUGUUCCGCAUGCUUCAAGCUUUGGAGAGGGAACCAGUAAACCUGGCAAUGCAGCCGUCCAAGCAGGGAACGCUGGAACCCAAUGAGAAGCCGGCUAAAAGAGAGAACCCCCACAAGUAUUUGCUGUACAAACCCACAUUCAGCCAGCUUUUUACCUUCUUGUCUGCCUCUUUUAAGGAGUUGCCUGCCAACAGCGUUCUGCUUGUUUACCUGUCAGCGACGGGAGUCUUCCCUUCUGGCAAUUCAGAUUAUGAAGGACCAUACGAUUUUGGAGGAGUUCUCACGAAUACAAAUCGAGACGUGGUGAACGGAGAGACUGUACAGAAGAGGAAUCAGGCCCAGAAAGAAAUGCACUGCCUUCACCCAGGGGAUUUAUUCCCUUUCACCCGGAAGCCACUCUUUGUCAUUGUAGAUUCUUCAAACAGCGCAGCCUACAAGCAUUUCACAAAUCUGUUUGGGCAGCCUCUGGUGUGCCUCCUAUCCCCUGCAGUAUAUCCCAAGAGUGUUCAAGAUCAGUCCCAGCGAGGGAGUCUCUUCACUCUGUUCCUCUACAGUCCCCUCUUGGCUUUCUCCUCUGUGUGCGGAUUAAACAGCGUGCAGCGAGGCCUGUGGGAAAGGGCUCAAGAGUUUCUCAUUAAAGUCUACCGGGACAUUGGGCAGAUGAUUACUCAGUCACGGACUAUAGAUCAAGCCUUUUUGCAAUUCUUUGGGGACGAGUUCCUCCGGCAGCUGCUGAUCCGCUUUGUGUUCUGCUCAGCUGCACUGAGACUGCAUAAAGUCUUCCGGGAGUCCCAGAGCUUCCCAGAGUCGUACCCUGAGCUCCCAAAGCAGGACACCGUGGAGAACAGCCUUCUACAGAAGCAAAUUUUGGAGCUGGCAACGAUGCUGGAUGUGCAGAGUCUAUUCUGGGAUGAUUUACUGGACGCAUACUAGCAUUGCUGCUCAGGGCUAAAUGGCAUGUGUACAUACAGACUCAGCUGCCUGGGCCCUCAUCCUUUUCCUUUCCCUUCUUUUUUUUCAGGUAAUGAAAUAACUUAUUCAGAACAUAAAGGCUCAUGUCACACAUUUUACUGAACAUGUGGAAGCAAAUGUUGGGCAACAUUAAAAUAUAAUCUGCAUCAUGUCUGACCUAAGAGUAAAGCGAGUCCUCCAGUCCACAUCCUGGUGUGAGGUCAGAAACUGCAGCCUCUAGCUAUAGUCCUCCUCACAGAAUUAUUGCUUUUGUGUGGCAAAAAAAUAUGAUUUAUUUUUGUUAAUUAGAGGAAAGGUUGUUAUAGCCUAAAAUCUAGAGAAUUGAUGAAGUAUCUUCCAGUCGUGACUGUAUCUCUGUGUAUGAAGGCAAAGCAGGAUGCUAAACAAAAGCCUUUGCUGCAUCACUACAUGGGAACAAUAUGUAUCUGCUGGCUUAGAAGCUGAUACUACUGGGGUUUGCCAGUAACGUUGUACAGUUACUGGCUGUAUAAAAAAAAGCUGUAUAAAAGCUUGACUCGUAGCAGGUUCAGGUGCAUGAGGUCAUGUUCUGUUGAUUGUUCCAAGUCCUCAUCACAAACCAGCAAUCCAUCUAAUAGCUUCUACCGUCCGUUAUUCAGCCCUGAGCGUUUUUAAAGUGAUCCUUCUUGCUUUGCCAUAUCACUGUGCUGUAUUUGCAUGCAAAAGGGCAAGAAAUGUAUCCAUGUAGUUUUUUUUUAUCCAGCUCUGAGUCUUUGAAAGGCUCAUAGAUUUCAAAUGGUUGGCUAGUAAAUGGAGCCAGUGCAUGUGUUGCAUGGGCCCUUACAUGUAGAUGUUUGUCAGCAAAUGGACAGAGGAGAUGAAGGGAGGCAGCCAGGUGUGCACACUCGCAUGCAUCCAUCAAUGCAGUGAUGCUUAAAGCUGCUCUUCUGAGGCGAUCAAUGUUCAAUGUUUGGGGUUUUAUUAAAGGUUUAUAUUAAAGCCAGUUCAUGCCGCAGAAUUGGGGUAUGACCUCCUCACUAAUUCUAUUCUAUUCAAAUAUCCAUUUCUGACCCACAAAGAUGGCGUAGUAGCCCGCUAGUAGCUGAAGGAUCUAAAUAAUCACGGAGGCCAUUGAAAGGAUGCAGGUACUAAAAGCAGCUGACUGUCUCUUUAAUGAUGUAGGAAGUAGCCAAACAGCUGGUUGGAAGAUUUUUGAAUUGAUUUAAUUCAAUUUUUGAAUUUUGUCUUUGUGUUGGUUGUUUUUAUUGACAUUGUUAGCGUUUGUGUACAGAUGAUGUGGAGCCAUGUUUUGGCACAAAUGUUUGUUGGGUAUUUAGUCUAUAAAAUGUGUGAUGAAAUAAGAAGUUAAAUUUAAAGGAGCAGUGUGUAGGAUUUGGUGGUGAAGUCACCUUCUGGCUUGUCCUCUGUGGGCUUCUGUAGAACCUUGGUGGACUGUGAGGGGAGGACCUGCUCCCUGUGCAGAUGUGAACAUGAACAUCAUUAUUCUGGUACAUAGUUAGGAGGCUCACUGCCGGUACUUAAUGUUACACACUGUUCCUCUGAAGAAGAGCCGUUAAUGAGGCCACUUUAUUCUCUGGUCAUUUUUUUGAAGUGUCAUUCCAACUUUCCAAGGACUUGCACAGGCCGAGUACCGCUGUUUUGUUUGGUAAAGUGAGCCAUUUCUACCCUUUCUUCACCUGUCAUUGUAAUAGCCACCUCCACGUUCCCUUGUGUUAUGAUGAUUAAGAUAUUGUAGGCUUGCAUUUUCUAAAGUUUAAUAUUGUUCUGAUCUAGUCGUCGUGCUGUGAGAAUAACCCUUCCAUGUGAGCGUUCCUCAUGCCAGCCCUUCACACUGGUGACCUUCUUUUUUACUCGGAGGAGUUGGUGAUUUCGAACAUGUUCUUAAAGGAACUGGUCAUCAGCUGUCACUGUUUUUAACAGCCUCAACUUGAAAUGUGUCAAACAUAUUUGCUGAUUUCCAAAAACUGUUUGAUAAGCAGCAAUCCCAUGUUCAUAUCACAUGUACACGUAUGCCUGCUAGCCAGUGGUGCUGUAAGACGCUGCUGUCGGAUUUGAUUAGAUUUUACUUCACACUAGCGUUUGAUAUGCUUGGUUAGAAGAAGGGAAGCAAUGUUUCAGUGACACUGAUCAAAUUCAAACAAAACAAACUAAAGAACUUUUAGCUUGUUGGGUGUGUUUGCUGUAGGAAUGACUUCAGCGCGUGUGUGUGUGUGUGUGUGUGUGUGUGUGUGUGUGUGUGUGUGUGUGUGUGUGUGUGUGUGUGUGUGUGUGUGUGUGUGUGUGUGUGUGUGUGUGUGUGUGUGUGUGUGUGUGUGUGUGUGUGUGUGAGAGCAGCACAUGGUGCGGCGGUGUAGGUGGAGUCUGGAAGAGGAAAUGGCGUUAUUUGGACGGUGUAUCAGCGCGGCUUGUCAGAGUCCUGGAAGCUGAGGAAUCCUUUUAAAAAAAAGUUGUCUUGAUUUGUAGUUCACACAAGUUGUUUAAAAGGUGUCAUUUGUGUGAUGAAGUUGUGCAAACGGAUAUUUACCGCAACAACAAAUGUAAAUGAGACACUAACUUUUGCUGACUAGAUAACUCCGACCACUGAGAGAUUAACAAGAUAUUGACUUGUAUAAAACAGCCUCCUUUUGUAAAUAUACUAUGAAUCUGUGCAAAGGAGAUUAAUGACAUACCUGUGUGGACCACGCGACAGAUGUUCUGUGCAUUGCAGGUGAAGAUCUAAUGUAGAUCAUGCAGAGUUCAUACUCAUGAGAUUGUAAAAUGCACACUAACAAUCCGGUUAAAAGCCCACAUGCGCUCAAAGGAGUUUACAACCUGCUGCUGGGUACUACGUCCUUGUUGUAGGGAAACUGACUCAGCCUUACUGCAUACAAGUUUCUCUCUGGUUUGAAGCUCUGUUUUUGGUUUUGAGAAUUGGGGUUUCAAAUUAUUCCUACUUCUCCUUCACUUGACCCACAUUGGGGUGUUUUGCCUUUACUUAUUCCCAUGCUGACUAGUACAGGCUAAGAUAAACAUAGAUAAUGUCAAGUUUAAUCAGUUGUUUUGACCAGCUGCAACAAAGUGUACUGUCAGAAAAUCUCUGCUUCACAAAAUAUAAUCCCUACAGAGCAGCCUUUUGUUUGAUUUCUGCUACAGUGAAGAAGCAGUGAAAAUUGGAGAAAAUAACGGAGGAUUUCAAGACCGUCUUAGGGGUGUGAGACAUCAUCAGUAUUACAUUCUACCAGCACAAGAUCUAAUGAAUAAAUGUUUUUGACAUGCCACAAGCACAAAAUCCACUGCUCAAUAUAAUAGAGCCACAUCCAUGGAGAAGCAUGUUGACACCUCUUGGGAACACGACUCAAUAACUGCCGACUGAUCAAUCCUGUUUUCUCCCCAGAUAUGCAGGAGUCAUUUCUACCUUUUUAUACUCUAAAACAUGUCCAAAAGAUGGGUGAAGCCUUCCUUUAUUGCAACACUUGUGACCUGCUUGUUUUGAUUUUCAGUCUGUGUCAAAUGUAUUUUCAAAACAUCAAGUUUAAAAAAAAAGAGUGCACAGAUAAUUUUUCAUUGUGGGCAGCAUGUUUGUUUAGAAUAGAAAGUGCCAAAGACUGAUGUGCUCUUGCUUUUCCAUCUUAACAGUGAUUGAGAUCAAUUAUUGUAUCAGAUGGUGUUUCUUUUGUUGUUUUUUCUGUGUUGCCAGAUUGAGCCAAUAAAGAAAAAGACAAGUGUGGCUUCAUA